AAACACAUAAUAGCGCGAAACUCGUCUCUGCAGGCAGGGAGGAGGACGAGGUGGUUAUUGGUUAGCGAGGAAGUAAAUCACAGAGGACGCGCGCGGAUUUGCCGUUACCACCUUCUGCCUGCCUGCGCCGGAUUCGCCUUCCUCCCGAUUCCAAUUUUCCAAUCCUCCUCCUCACCUCUCCUCCUCUUCCCUCCCCCACCAAUUCUGCCGCGAAUCCUCCCCCCUCCUCCCGAUCUCGAAAAAAUCUCGUCGCGUUGGCCUGGCCCCCACGCGCACCACCCCCUGCUCAUUCGAUCCGGAAAAUUCCCCCCCGGGGGCCCCUCUCGGCUUUGCGGCGAAUUCGCUGGGUGUUUGGAGAUUCUCGGGCUCGUCGAUUGCAUGACGGAUUGAAUUGAGUCAGCGGGGGGGGGGGGGGGGGGGAUCGAAGUUGGGGGACGAGGAGUUUGAUGCCACCCGGCGAUGGAUCGCCGCAGCUUCAGGAGUGUGUCUUGUAACGGCAGCGGUAAGAAUCUGGCCUCUCCCUCGCCGGCGGCGGGAUCCCGAGCACCCGCGGCCGCGCCAGCCGGCUCGAAGGGGGACGCUGUGGUCUCCGUCGAGCGCCGGGCGCUGCUUUCGGCGCAUCCCGCGGGCGGCACGGCGCGGAAGGGCAUGAGGGGAUCGAAACGGCGCGUGCAGUGGAAGGAUAGGCAUGGAAAGAAGCUCAUCGAGGUCAGGGAAUUCCAGCCUAGCGAUACGGAUGACUCUGAUGAUGAAUACUUGGACACUUGCAUAUGUUCAAUAAUGUAAAUACCGUGAAGCUUAAUCUCCGGCACAUCUUGCACCAUGUGGAGUCUGUUGCUCUAUGCAUGUGUAGCAAGAGCUGUAGUGUGUCAAUUUUGCUGGCUUCUGCGUACCCCUAACAGUGAUGUAUACAUAAGCUCACUCCAGCAGACUCAAGCCAUCUCUGUUCAGGAGGUACUGCAAAUGUAGCUAACCUUGCAAUGGAGGAAGAACUGGUGAUAAACAAAUGGCCUUGACGUGGAGUUUUUGGUCAGAGCCCUAAGAAAGCUACUAUACCACUGGGUACAGGCGUACAGCAUGUAGAAAGGAGAAGGGAAAGAUACCGAAAGGUUUAAUUUUUGACCCAUUUUGCCGAGUAUGGUCAGCAAUGUGCUUGUAGAAAUUAUACACAGUAGCAUUUAUUAUUUCAACUGCCAGAAUUCAGACCGAUUUUGUCAAUAGUAAUUGAUAUGGCAAUACGAUGGGUUACCAUCAGCUACUAACAUCCAAUGGUUUUCUUCUGAUUCUUAGUUUCAUCUUCAUGCAACUCUCAUCAACUAUUAAGACAGGGAUUCAGUAGACGCAGUCACAGGUAAGUUCAAUCUUCUGGGCAGAGAGCCCACAUAGUCCAUAGAGGGCGUCGCGGCCCAUUUCAGCCCAGCGCGAAGUUGUCACUGCAGCCCUCGGAUUCCAUGCCCCUCUUGGCGGGUGGACCCCGCAAAAGGCGCUCGUCACGGUAGCCAUCGGUUCCAUCCAUCCAACGGUCACAUGCCAGCUGGGUCAACCUGACCGUUACCGCGCGCCGCUUGCCUUUUUCCCCAACGGCUUCCUCUUUCGCCUCCGUUUGCUUGCGUUGCGCCCCAAAUUCCGCCUCCUCUUCUUCACUAGCUCUUCCACCCUCUCCAAUCCCCUCUCCCUUUCUCUCCCUCUCCCUCUUGCCUUCGCCAUGGGCUGCUUCCUUGGCUGCUUCGGGGGGGCCAAGGAGCGCCGCCGCCGCCGGAAACGCUCCCCUGCGCACUCCCCCUCCGGCCGCGCCCGGGCCACGCCGCGGCUUUCCCCGAAGAAGGCUGCCGCUGCCGCCGCGUUGGAUGGAGACGUUGUUUCCGCCGCCGCGCCGCUGCUGGCGACGCUCCUGGAGUUGAGGGAUUCCACUGAUGACUUGUGCUUGACCGUCAUCAAGAAGAAGGUGACGUUUGAUCCCAACGUCACCACUUACGAGGCGGCUGCGAUCCCGGAGGCGGAGGAGGAGGAUGAUGAGGAGGCCGAGCCGGCGGCGGGUGACGACAAGGAUGAGGCGAGGUGGAUGCUGGCACCGGAUUGCGCGAAAUCCGAGGCUUUCCCGCUGAACCACAGGUACAGCAACUGCGCCUACGGCGACAAUGACAGCGAGUACGACGAGGACGAGGACGAGGACGAGGAGGAAGACGAGGACGAAGAGGAAGAGGCGGAUGGGCUCGACGAGUGCGCGAUCGACGACGAGGACGACGACGGCCUUCUCGGCAUCGGGCGCGGCGAGGACGAGGCGUGCGAGUCGCUCUUCCUGCUUCCAAUGAGCAAGACUAAGGAGAGCGGCGGCGGCCAUGAAGCGGCUUCCGGCGUCACCUCGCCGGAGGCGCCGCCCGCGCCUCAACAGACGCGCGACGCGAAUCCGGUGCUCAGCUCGGUGGAGAAUCUCACCCAGUGGAAGGACGCCAAGGCCCGCGCCGCCACCGCCACCGCCGCGCCGAAUGCUUCGGACAAGGAGAACAGAACGACGGCGAACUUGCUCCCCGAGCCGGCGAUCCCAGCCAAGAAGAGAGAGUGGCAGGUGGUCUGCUCCGACUACAGCCCCAGCACGCCAAGCAAGCAAGAAGUCUCGGUGGACGCGAGCCUCUCGACAUGGCUGGGCUCUUCGGGGACGCCGGAGAGCAACUCCGUCCGGUCCUUCUCGCCGAUCAGCCGAGAAGACCGGCCGAUCCUUGGGGCCCUGACCGUGGAGGACAUCAAGAUAUCCUCUGCCAACUCGUCUCCGAGGAGGUCGAGGUCUCCGAGCCCGAGCCCUGACGACAUGCCCAUCCUGGGAACCGUGGGGGCUUACUGGAAUUGCAGCUCCAAGGCUGGUGAUCCGGUGACAAGAGGAGGGUUUAUGAGGACUAGAACAAGGUUUGGGCAGGAUGAAGUGGUGAAUUGCUACUGAAAGCUUCCAAGCUGGAAGCUGGAAGAGUUUGGUUUCAGGAGGAAAAUUGCAGAAGAUGCAUACAUGCUUUUGUGAGAAGAACAUACAUAUAGAGUCAGUGAGAUUGUGGAAGUAGUGGCAUGCUUUAUUCAAAGAUGUUGCUUGUCAAAUUCUUUUAUUUGUUGUAAACAAUGUCCAUCCAUAUUCUAUUAUGGUGAUCUUUUUUUUUUUGGCGCUGUCGAUAUGGUGUAUUGUUUCGAUGUUACAUUGUCAAUAUGGUGUAUUGCACUUAUGCCUUUCUACCUC